UACUUAAUUUAAGCUCUCUAAGAAGCAGCAUUACACUGAGAAUUUCUUCAUCAGGAAACAUACCGGCAGCCACAUAUUACUAAUGACAUCUCCUUUGGACUAACAACAGUGUUUUGUUUUUGGAAAACCGCUGACAUAUAUCACUCCAUUGAGCCAUUAGAAACGUCGUUUAUUUUCGGCAGCCCGCGGUAAUGGUGCAAGGAGACAUGACGGAACAAUGUUCCAACAGCAAUGGAACAGCUAGAAACAUAACAAUCCGAGACGGGAUCGAAGAGCAAAACAAUGUGACCAUACGGCCGGCAACUCAUUCCAGAAAUCCUUUUGAUGGUCGUACUACACGCUUCACAGACGACUUGUGGACUUUCGUGUCAGUGAUAACGUAUAUUGCGGACGUCGGAAGCGAUUUACUUGUAUGUGUCAAGUAUUACAAGGAGAAAAAUUUCUGGUGGUUUAGUCUUACGCUAGGAUUCGUACUUGCCGCGUCAUUUGCAAUGCAAUUGUUCUCUGCUAAGUGGCUUUUGGAAGAUGGCAAACGAAAGGAAUGCUUCACUUAUUUAUUACAUGUGUUUCACCUGGGACCAGUUGUAAGGUAUUGGAAGGUUCUGAAGAGUGGUUGGAAAGCACGUCAAAAGAAUGCAACUAUUCUCGAAUUCGCAGCGUUUCUUGGAGAAUGGCGUGACAUAAGCAUGUUACGACUUCUUCAAGCUUUUCUAGAAUCUGCCCCUCAACUUGUCCUUCAACUGUACAUCUUACUACAACGACCACGCCUUCAAGAAAACUUUGAACUUUUUACCGCUGCAACAGCAGCUUUUUCAUUAAUAUCGUUAGUAUGGGCCAUUCUCGCUUACAGCAAAUCGUUAAGAGACUUUAGAACACAAGGUUAUGGUCUGUCAACUGCAGGUUUGUUAUUCCAAGUACUGUGGCGCAUCUCUAUAGUUGCAUCUCGUGUGGUUGCCAUAGUUCUUUUUGCUUCGUACUUCAAACAAUGGCUGUUUGUUGCCGUUGGGGCACAUUGGCUUAUGAUGACAACGUGGUUGAUUUGUCAGCGGACUCGUUUUUGCACAGACGAAGACGGGACAGAGCAUCCUUACCGGGAAAAACUGUUUAGUGCGGCUAUUGGCUUCAUGUACAUCUUCUGCUUCUUCAACACAAGAGAAGGCAUGACUAGGAAGCGUAUCGUUUUGUUCUACUCCAUUAUGUUGGUAGAGAACUCUCUGUUCGUGUCUAUGUGGUUUCCUCACAGAACCUUCCGCGGAACUAUGGCUGUAGCAGCAUUAGGGGUAGUGUGGGGAGGAUUUGUUUUUGGACUAAUCUGUAUGAGUUUGUAUUAUCGAUUCUACCAUCCAAGUUUACCAAUUCAAGGAAUUUUUCUUCAGAAGAGAACUUUCGAUAUGGAAGGACAAGUGACUCAUUCGUGGUUUUGUUGUUUUUGCUGUCGAAUAAGAAAAUUCACGAAGACGAGUACUGCAGUAUUUCGUGAUGCGGCCGAGGGUUUAAUUCGAGACGUGAAUCGCAGUGUAAACCAUCAUACUGCGUGUCCAAAACUAUCGCCCCCUCAGUCUCAGGAUAGCUCGUAUAUCUCAGGAAACCCUUGUCAGUUCAUGUCGGGGUUAGACUCUAAUCAGGUCCUUGUUCACAGUACACCCAUACGACCCCUGGAUACGUGCAGUUCGUACGCCAAUCAUCCACUGGUUACAGGUCGCCUCCCGAGAAUUUUGGUUACGGGAGCAACUCCUGAAGUGAUAAGUCCGAGAGACUCUGUUUCAAACUCUUCCCUUGUCACUCUGAAGGAAAUUGAAAUGGAAAAACUCGAUAAUCUCGCGCGGCCAGAUCUUCCCGUUAGUAACGGUGACCUCUCUGCUACUACUGGUGCAGAGACUGAAAAAGUGGAUCCUAAUGCAAGUAAGAAGAACUGCUGUGCUAGACGAGACCUCCGUUUUCAGGACAUAACUUGCACCUCGCCAAAAAGUCCGACCGCCGGAGAGAUCAUCAGCUGGUAUCAUCCUAACCCAACAUGCGAGGCUUCCUCAGAUGCCGAAGAAGAGAGAGCAGAAAGGAUUAACUAUGGCUCAUUGAGUUUUGGUAAUCGAUACAGUCUCGUCUCGUCCGACUGUAUUUCGUUGUCAUCCGAAAGUUCACGGAGCUCGGUAGAUAGCAUAAUGUUUGCUGAUGAGGGACCGGGAAGUUCAGGAGUGCAUAUGAAGAAGAUGCUCUCACCUGAACUCACACCAAGAACGGCAGACGAAGGAAUUUUUUCCGAUGAGCGGGAUUGGCCCUCCAAACCCACCACUAUUGAAGACGCCGACAUCAGUUCUGAAGCUUCUACACCACAGAACCCCAGAGUUAAUAAUCAGUUUCCUGUUUUGGUCAAAGACAGCCAAGCAGAUACAUUCCAAAGAGUCCAGUCCAGAGAAAGGACAAAUGAAUGGAUUUUGUCUUCUUCUAAGCCAAGUGAUGAAUCCUACAACUUGGUUGAGUUGUUAAUGGAUGCUCCAUCGUCACCAUCGAAUAACCUGAAAAGCAGAACUAGAGAAACAGGGAAUGGUUUGUUAUCAGAGGAAAGGGGAUGCGCUGAAAGUAAACUCGACUUUUCUGAGGAGGGAUCUGGGUCUGAGAGAAUGGAUGGACACGAUAGUGAGUCAACUGACGCAAGUAGCGACAGUUUUAACUUUAGAAAUCAUCAUCGCUCGUGCGAUGAGAUUAAGACUGGAACGAAUCGUAUCUUGUCUUCUCCGGAUGGGAUCAAAAAGCGGCACACGUUUGAUUUUUCACAGUUAUCGAAAGGUCCGAGGUCUCCACGGCGAAGACGAGACGGGAAAUAUCGUCGCUCAAAGAGAAAGGAGUUUGAUAACUUUGUUGUGACUUCUCUGAAGCCAGGAAAAUACGGUUCACUUCGGCGAUCAAUGGAGCGUUUGGCUAGAAUACAAGAGGACAUAGAAGAAACCUUUUUGUUGAAUACCGAAGCGGCUUUGAAUGCCUGUAUUCCUGAAAUCGAGGCACCUUCGCCCAUUGAAGAAGCAGUGAAUUUAAACACGACAAUUACAAAUGAAACUAAUAUGGCAGGAAAAGGUUUGUGCAGUACGCAUGAUUCAAGCCAACGCAAGAGUGAUCCGCAAGAAAACGCAGCCUCAUUGUCUGCCAGAGAAAGCUUUAAAAAACGAAGGCGCUUGAAAAGAUUCCUAUCAAAAGAAUUAGUCCCAGGGAAAUUCUCAUCAGUGAGACAUUCCAGCGAAAGUUUGCAAUCAGCGGAACAAUUUGAUUGUUUACAAGAAAAUGGUGACAUAGACAGAGGGCUGUCUUCCACUGUGUCCGCUGAUCAUUUGGCCAGCACUCGUCAAAGAGUAAACGGUGCAGGUGGGAGAGAAGAAUUUCCAAGCCAAACAGUUAGUCUUCCAGAUGUGCUUCGUUCCAAUGGAAAUAAAUUUGAACGAGAAGUAAUUAAGAAGCCAAAUCCUAACGAUAAUCGGGUAAACAGUACUCUUGAUGGUACUGUUAUUAAGAAUUCAGAGAUAGGUAAACAUCACACGGGCUCGGUUCCCACCAAAAGACAUACUUAUCACUUUACUGGCAAUUCUGCAACUCAGACGGAAGUACAAGAAAGGUUGCUUAGCGCAGAGAAUGAGAAAAGGGCACCAGAGACAGGUCAUCAAUGCCAACGUAGGUGUCAGUCGGAGGUUUUGAUCGGCACAAGAAACUCUUCUGUUUAUGUAUAAAGAAUGCUGACAAAUUUUAUACCGCGACCUCAUCUGACAUUUUUUAAGUCUCACCCAAAUCUCGACAAAUAUCUGAUUUCUGAUUGGUUGUAUUUCACUUCACGAGUUAGGUGUCCUUGAUUAAGUUUUCUACGUACAUAACUUUUGCACCUUCCUGUUAAGCAUUUGGAACUGCGUAGUCUAUAACUUUUACGACGAUUUAUUUCAUAGUGUAACAUUCAUAACACUUUUAUUCGCAGACUUGAGUUAUUUUAUAGCCGUGAUUAAGGAAUACCAGGUUUAAUAAACCUAUACCUCGUCAGUAAUUACAUACAUAUCUUUUGUUUGUAUUGAGAUUAUUUUGAUUUUUGGUUGCAGAAAUAGAAACUAGGAGAAAAAGCAUAUUUGGUCGAUAAACAAGUGAAAAGAAAAAAUAGUUAAAGUAUCGCAGAUAACUGUUUAAAGAGGAAUUUUGUAUUUUUUAGUUACACAACGUGCGGCUUGCGUUCAUUUAACUUCAGUUAAUUUGUCGAUUCUAUGUUCUCACUUUGAGAUAGGUAACAUGUAAAUAUGUAAAUGAGACGUUCUCGAAAAUUUAUUGAUUUCAUUGAUAAAGACCACUUUUGGCGUGAAAAUGUUAGUUCAAAAUCUGUCUAGUAUUUCACCAGUGUGAAAGAUUAGCCCUUUCGUAGCCUUAGGCUCUGACUCGUUAAGGUACGGAAUAUUUGAGCUUUAUCAGUCCCACUAACAAACAAACUUGCCUUGGCUGGCUGUUAUAAAGUAGUUCGAUUUACAAUUUAAACGCAUCGGUGUUUAUGUCACGAGAAGCAUUAGCCUUCUAUUUACUUGUAACGUAUCUGGAAAAUAGAGACUUCACCACUUUUGCACUUGUGAUUCAUGAAUAAAUCCAUUGGAUGCUGAACAGGAAAAAAGUUGAAAGAGAGUGG